AUGUAUGGAACACGACGUGCAGCGUUAGUCUGUGUGAGUCUGUUGGAAAUAUUUCUUUUCGGAGGAAUGCAAUUUGGAUGGCAUGCUCUUGUGUUUAUCCUAAAACAAGAGGGUUUGUUCAACACUUUCUGUGUUCCGGAAUCUGAAGGCAACUCAACUGAAUUGACGUCAAAAAGCGAGGACUGCUUCCUUCAGGAUGAACAGUUUAAUUUAGUUUUCAGUUGCGGAGUUGCUAUCUUUACGUUGGGAACGAUUGUCAACGGAAAACUCUUCCUGUCAUUUGGUAUUAAAUGGACUCGUUUGCUGUAUAUAACUUUGGCUGUAGCCGGGAUUUUAUUCCUCGCGUUCUCAUCACCAGAUAACCCUUGGUUAGUGCUACCCGGAAUUGUAUUUGUGGGCGUAACUGGUGUGGCCUUAUUGGUAUCUAACUUUAUACAGAUACCAUUCUUACUACCAAGAGGCUCAUCUAUUUACAUUGGGCUAUUGAACGGCUGUUAUGACUCGUCAGUUCUUACGUUCAUGUUUGUAAAGAAACUGUAUGAAGUUGGAGUCGAUAAAAAGUUUUCUUUUAUUGGUGUUGCCAUUUUGAUAAUCAUCAUUUCCGGUGUGUGUACACUAUUACAUCCGACACGAGAUCUAAAAGGGGGAACUGAUGCAAAGAGUUCUCAAACAAACGACGGGAAUGUUGAAAUGGACAAAGUUUCCGAGGAUGCUGUACAGACGGUACCAGAACGUACAUCCGAUAUGAAGGCAAUUAGAGACAUUCUUCGCCAUAAGCUUUUCAUUUCACAUGUUGUUUGGAUCACGUUCGUUCUGUUGAAAUACGUUUACUUUUUGGGAUCUGUGAAUAAACUGCUGGAACAACUUCUUCAUGAUGAAAGUCGAGUGAGCUACUUCUCCGAUGUCAUGACAUUCACAUUGAUUGGCAGUUUGGUUUCAUCAUUCAUCGCCGGUUAUACAAUACACGCAAUGGAGAAACUUUUUACAGGUAAUAUGAGGAUGGUGAUACCACUUGCCGUGACAUCAUCUUUGGCUAUACUUUUGUCAGCACUGGCUUUUGUACCAACAGCCGAUAUCCUCUACGUUGAUUUCAUCAUAUUGACAUUUCUCCGGUCUUUCAUAUACACUACCAAUAUGGAGUUCAUCAGAAUCACAUUCCCUUUGAAAUACAGCGGCAUGAUAUUCGGAUUUGUAAUAGCUAUAUCUGGAAUUCUGACCAUAACACAAUUUGGUCUUUUUGCAUGGACGGAGAAAUACGGUGAUGCCAUGAUGCAUGUGAACUUGUUCCUGUUAUGCCUGUCAACAGUCUCCCUGUUACAUCCAAUCAUCGUCUUUCAUAGUUACAGACGCCAGAAUCAAAGUUACAACCUGUAA